GAGAAGAGGGGGCCGAGAUUGUGCGUCGGCUGCGGGAGCCGGACCCUGAGCAAGAACGACGUGAACUACCGCCUGCACUUCCGCAUGAUCAACGAGCAGCAGGUGGAGGACAUCACGCUUGAGUUCUUCUACCGGCCGCACACCAUCACCCUCCUCAGCUUCACCACCCUCAGCCUCAUGGCCUUCGCCUUCACCAGGGAUGAUUCUGUACCAGAGGAUAAUAUUUGGAGGGGUAUCCUCUCUGUGAUUUUCUUCUUUCUAAUCAUCAGUGUUCUAGCUUUUCCUAAUGGACCCUUUACACGUCCUCAUCCUGCAAUAUGGAGGAUGGUUUUUGGUCUCAGUGUGCUCUAUUUUCUGUUCCUGGUGUUCGUGCUCUUCCUUAACUUUGAGCAGGUAAAAGCAGUGAUGUACUGGCUGGAUCCUAAUCUUCGAUAUGCCACAAGGGAAGCAGAUAUUAUGGAGUAUGCAGUGAACUGUCAUGUUAUCACCUGGGAAAGAAUCCUUAGCCACUUUGAUAUAUUUGCUUUUGGACAUUUCUGGGGCUGGGCUAUGAAGGCUUUGCUGAUCCGCAGCUAUGGGCUCUGCUGGACUAUCAGCAUCACCUGGGAGCUCACUGAGCUCUUCUUCAUGCACCUUCUGCCUAAUUUUGCUGAAUGCUGGUGGGAUCAAGUCAUUUUGGACAUCCUGCUUUGUAACGGGGGUGGCAUCUGGUUGGGCAUGGUAGUUUGUCGUUUCUUGGAGAUGAGGACCUAUCACUGGGCAAGCUUCAAGGACAUUCACACAACCACAGGGAAAAUCAAAAGAGCUGUACUGCAGUUCACCCCAGCCAGCUGGACCUAUGUCCGCUGGUUUGACCCAAAGUCAUCAUUUCAGAGAGUGGCUGGAAUCUAUCUUUUCAUGAUCAUUUGGCAGCUGACUGAAUUGAACACAUUCUUUUUGAAACAUAUCUUUGUGUUCCAAGCAAGCCACCCUUUAAGCUGGGGGAGAAUUCUCUUCAUAGGAAUCAUUACAGCACCCACUGUAAGGCAAUACUAUGCGUACCUCACAGAUACACAGUGCAAGAGGGUGGGAACUCAGUGCUGGGUGUUUGGGGCUAUUGCUUUCCUUGAAGCUAUUGUGUGUAUAAAGUUUGGACAAGAUCUUUUUUCCAAAACACAAAUACUGUAUGUUGUGUUUUGGCUUCUCUGUGUGGCCUUUACAACUUUCCUUUGUCUGUAUGGUAUGGUUUGGUACGCAGAGUACUACGGCCACCGAGAAAAGACCUUGUCAGAAAGUGAAGACAGUCCAUACAGUCCAGAUGCUUCCUGGCUUCAUUCUAAAUUCACCACAGCAGGUACUGACAAUAGUCCACCAAAACAUUCAGUCAAUAGUGAAAGCCACUCAUCUAGAAGGAGGAAUCGGCAUUCCAAAUCAAAACUAUCAAAUGGAGUUGGCAAGAAAUAAGAGUGGUCUCUAAAGACAUCCUACAGUGUGACCAGAGGUCAUGAAGAUCAGACCUGGCUCUGAAUUGCCAAAUGGAAGGUGGAUUUUUAAAUUAAAAAGUUUAAAAAAGGAUGAAGAAGAAUGGAAGAAAAGGAUGAUGAAGAUGGAGCCACCAGUGUAGUGCAGAUAAUUGCCUGCUGACACUUGCCAUUCACUGAUAUAAAUCUAGUUUCUUCAGCAUGUGGCACCAAAAGCUCAUGAAGGGUAUGCUGGAAAAAAGUGUACUGUUGUCAUAGUAGGUACACCCUGUUUUGCGUUCAGAUAUUGCAAGUGCAUUUUUAAUAUCUUAGUUGAGGACUUAAACACAAAGGUUAGUAAAUUGAUAGUUGUCACGGUUGGAUUUUUGUUUGUUUGUUUUGGUUUACUGUUUUUGUUGUUUUCUACAAGAGUAUGCAAUCCUUUGACUAAAAGCAACUCUGCCCUUCUUUCUGAGUCUCGCACCAAAACUUCUCCAUACAACAGUUAGUAAAAGCAGCUACUUGUUCCAUACAACAGUUAGUAAAAAUUUCAUACUGCUUGCUUUUGCUUAAAGGCUCUUUAGACCUUGUGUCAGGGUUUUAUCAGCAAGGAAAAUGAGUCCAGGUUUCUUGUAAAGCAUGUGACAUUAAUCUUCUAACAGUUUUUUUGUUCUAUACUGUCCUGCUUCAUUGAUACAUGCUCAAUUUCUUUUGAAUUUUUAAAAUACAUAUAUACAAACCUGCUCCAUAGUAGAGGGACAUGCCUCCUGUCCUCAGAGACAGAUGUCCUGUUAUUUCAUUGUUUUUCCUCCUUUACUGCAAUGUGUUUUGCAUUUUCAGGUGUAAAGAUGUCAUUUUCUCAGCUGUGCCAUAUUGUGUACAGUGGUCCUUCCCACUCCCUUCUAAUUUGCCUCCAUCUCAGCUGGAACCAGAAAUCCCAUUGUUUUCAGACUGAUACCAGAAACUGCUUUGAAGGCUCAGAUGCCCUGCUGAGCUUGGUGAUAAGGCAGUCUUUCGCUGAAGCAGAGUUGCUUACCAUCUCCGUAAUUACAUGUGAAGAUUUGCUGUAGUCUUUGGUGUCUGAGAGGCAGCAUGAUGUUACUCUGAUAUACCCCAUUGCUUUGGUAUUUCCUAUCAUGCAUCAGACACCGAGCAGCAAAGUUGUUUUUUUCUUGCAGUUUUGUUUUUUUUUUUUUUUCUGAGGGUUGUGUGAGGUUUACUUUUUGUCUGGGUGUUGUUUUGUUGCCUUGUUUAUUUUUUUUAAGUGUAUUAAUUCUGACAUCUGGCAGUGGAUAAAUCUCCAGCAGUGAAUGUAAUUAUUAAGUCAAGAGGUAAACAAUCAUGAGCAAUCAGCUCCUGUAUUAAGUUAUCCAAAUGUUUUUGUGCCAAUUAAAUUUUAGGAUUCAAGGUGUUCAGAGCUUAAGUUGCUUAGUUUUUAUGAGAAAAUGAGAUUUCCUUUUUCUUUGAAUAAUAUUACUGUGAUUUGCCACAGGCUAAGUACUAAAAAAAAAGAUGCAGCAGAGAGUUUGUACAAGUGUAUGAUACUGUAAAUAGAAAAAAGUAUCCUCUGUAAUCCAUCAGUUCCUACCUGCCGUAGAUUAUCAAUGUUUUCAAUGCACUUAAGUGUUGCUGCUGAACUCCUCAGAGGCCUUUCAUUUCCCACCCUGCUCUUCAAUCAAACAUAAGUGUACAACUUUGGAAGUAACACAGUAGAAGCUGCAAUAUCAUCAUUGCUACAGUGACAUUAACUGUUACAUGAGAAAAAUGUAAGGAAGAUUUUCAGGCUCUUCUACAACUACUUGGUUUUCAUUCAUGCUAUAAGAAUUCCACAUGCUGCCUUCCUAUUCGUAAUGUACUACAUAUGGAUGAAUGUAUUUGUAGAUUUCUUUGGAUACUGAGACUUGUUACUUUUUUAUUUCCUUGGCUAAUAACUCAGUCUGAGUAAGACUGAAAAAUGGCAUUGUAAAUUUUCUAUUGAUUCAAUACCAAAGCAAGAGAUUUGAAGUCUAAUGGUUUAGAUAUUUUAAGUACUGUGGUUUUCAAAGGUGAGAGCCUGUUUUGUACUUGCAAGGUGUAUACACACCAACUAUGUAUACAAAGCUUACAUGUGUAAGCUUUAAUAUGGUUAUGAAGUACCAUAUUUACUUGCCUGUGGGGACAAACACAUAUUUUGUAAAUGCAGACCUGGUGCUCACACUGCUGAACUGCACCCUAAAAAUAUUGGAAAGGUCAAUAUGAAGUGUCAUCUUGUUGGAAGCUGACUUCUGUAUACUGUUGUAACAGCUUGACCUUGAAGAAAUGUUGUUUGACAACACCUUUAAAGAUAUUUCCAAUGAAGUCUUUUUACUUUAA